AUUUCCAUUUCUUUUUUUCGUCUCAUUAUAAUUCACCAUAUAAUUAAUAUUCAUAAAAAUCACCUGACAUUACUGAACAUUUUUAAUGAUAACGGUAUUUGACGUCGACUGUGUUCGAGUAAAUGUAUUUUAACACCAAUAUAUAUUUUCGUUUCUUCUUGAACACUGAACUCAUUACAAUACAUCCGUGGUGUUGAGCACUGAGCGCGUCACAUCUUACAUUUAAAUUCGGUUUUCCGUACUGUGUUCUGCAAGAUUUAAUCAGCGUCCCUUAAACUGAAUUAAAAUUUAAUUUAAUGUUAUGUAUAGCAGUUUUCUAAAAUGGGUCAGUAUAUGAGCUCAAAUGGCAAUAACAGGACACAUGAUGAACUCGUAAACUUUUUGGUUAAACACCAAUUUGUACGCACUGAUAAGGUAGAAAAAGUUCUAAGAGGUGUCGAUCGAAAGCUGUAUUUUACUGAUGAAGAAAAACAUCAUGCUUAUAGAGACAUGGCUUGGCAAUCUCAACUAAUUCAUUUAUCUGCACCAAGCGUUUAUGCUUCAGUCUUAGAAAAUUUAGAAUUACAACAAGGUAAUACCUUUUUAAACAUUGGUUCUGGAAUUGGGUAUUUCAGUACUGUUGCUGGCCUUUUAUUAGGUACAAAUGGUGUUAAUCAUGGUAUUGAAAUCAAUCAGUUAUUAGUAGACCAAGCAAACCAAAAAUUGGAAGAAUUUAAAUUAAAUGCUGCAGCAAUUGAUCAUUAUGAGUUUUGUGAACCAGUCUUUAUCCAAGGGAAUGCAUGUGAGCUAUCGCCAACAGGUUUCUAUGAUAGAGUAUAUUGUGGAGCUGGUGUACCACCUGAAGAAUCUAAUUUUAUGAAGUCUCUUAUUAAGGUUGGUGGAAUAUUAGUUAUGCCAUUAGAUGGAACUCUUAUAAAAGUAAAAAGGACAGGUGAACACACUUGGCAAAACUAUGAGGCAUUAGAAGUUUUAUUUACAAACCUUAUUGUGCCUGAAAAAUGUAGUUUUAAUACAAUACAAUUCCCUGCUGUUGUACCUUUAAGCUUACAAGAAUUGUGUAGAUCUAAUAUCCGAUCAUUAUUACGUGAAAACUUACAAAAAAGUUUUCCUGAUUUGAUAUGUCGUACUAAAAUUGAUUUAAAUACUAAUUCUGAAGAAAAUCAACACCCAAAUCCUCAAGAACAAUUAGUACAGCUUAUUCGUGUUCAGUGUGGCUUGAAUGUAGAAGAUCGCCGCUUAAAUGUAGAAGGUUUAGUAGGUUUACGAAGUCUUUUUGAAACAUUUUCUAGAUUGGAUGAGACCAUGUCAGAUGAUACUAAUUCUGUGCCAGAUAAUGAACUCAAUGAAUCAUUGAACUCCAUGGAUGAAUUAGAUGUAAGCACUGACAGUAAUGACAGUUUUUGUGAAUACAGGAAAUCUGUGUUGCUGGAUCAUCAUGAGAAAUUAUCUGAUGAAACAUCUAAAAGGAAAUCACCUGAAGCUGGGUGUUCUGAAUCAUCUAGAACAAUGGAAGAAACAGAAAACUCAAAGAGAAUGAAAAUGAAUUUAGCGUCCACUCCCAGUUGUGCUGACGAUUCAUCUGCAUUAACAUUUAGUGAUGCUAGUGAUUUAUGGGAUACUUAUUCUAGUACAUCUGAGUCUUCAUUAGCUAGUAAUGAUAGUUUUUUACCAGCUACAGAAAUCAUAGAACAAAUGUAUGCAGAAGAAGAGACUUUCAGUGAUUUUUUUGAGCAUUAUCAAAAUAUAACUCGUAAUAACGCUAAUAAUGGUGGAGAAUCUUCAAAUGAAUUGGACAAGUUUAAAUUUAUAAGAGAUUGCAAAGAAAAUGAACUAAGCAAACUUUUAAAGGAUAAAAUUGAUUCAUUACCAAUACCAGUUCCACUUAAACAUUUUCUCAACUACUAUAGAAUUUAUUAAUUGUUAAAAGACAUUCGUUUAUUAAGUGUAUAUUAUUUUCAUUCUA